UCUAAUGCAAGUGUUAUCGGAUGGAGAAACACGGCAAUCUGUUGUUAAAUUGGACACUAAUUGGACUUUGCUACUCAUUCAAACUGAAGUACUUUAGUUGAGAUGUCGUACCAAGGAUACAAGGAACUGCUGGUGGAGCAGCAGGGCAAGCUCGUGGUUGUGAAAUUCAACAAUCCCCGGAAGAAGAACUGCGUCAAUCAGUUUGGCUACAAAGAAAUUACCCGGGUUCUCACAGAAGUCAAUGAUGAUGAAACUGUAACCAUUGUGGUCUUUACCGGCGUGGGAGAUACCUUCACAGCCGGGAACGACCUAACCCAGUCCUCCAAGAGCGACGAUAUAAAUGAGUUCUUUAAGCAAUCCAACGCCAACUUCAAGAAAAUGGUUCUCAGCUUUGUGCACUGCAAGAAGAUUGUAUUUGCUCUGGUCAAUGGACCGGCCAUUGGCAUUGGAGCCACUAUUGUGGGUCUAUGUGAUGUAGCCUGGUGCUCCGAAAAAGCCUACUUCAGCACUCCCUUCAGCAAAUUGGGCUUGGUUCCAGAAGGUGGCUCUUCCUAUAUGUUUCCUUAUAUUUUGGGACGCUCCAAGGCUUCAGAGACCCUCCUGCUGGGUGAACCACUGACCGCCGCUGAGGCUUAUCAGUUUAAUUUUGUUUCCCGCACUUUCAAAAUCGAGGAGCUGGACUCUGUGAUAUGGCCGAAAUUGCAAAAGUAUUCGGAGCUGCCACCAAACGCUCUCACACAAGGUAAACGGCUCAUCAAGGAGGGAUUCGUGGAUAACCUGCUGAAAGCCAACAACUCCGAGUGCCAGCAGCUCCUGCAGUCUUUCCAGCAUCCAGAAUUCUUCCAAGCCAUAAUGGAUUUUGCCCAGCGCAAAUCCAAGUUAUAAAUAGGUAUAAAGAUAACCCGAAGUCACAGACCAGGUGAUAACAUGUACCAAAUAAAGAAAGCUAGCACGAAAGUGUUUGUUUUUAUAACAGAAGGAAGCUGAUGUCUGAUUGUCAUUCCGCUUAUGUAUUAUACGAGAAAUGUAAUUAUGUUUUUGUGAUUAAAUAAAAUAAGGUCGAAAAUAAA